UGCCCUCUUCCAAUAUCUGCGACCCAGGGCUAGUCUGCUGACGUCCUUCUGACGUCUCUGCCUGGAGCUGCGCAGGAAAGAUGCCAUAGCGGCUUCGCGCUCAGGACCCUCCCUUUAUAAAGGCGACUUUUCUAUAGAACCUGUUUUUUUUUUGAAGUGGGGGAGGAAUGCUAAAGGAGUGUCACACCAGGUUGGCAUAAGAUGGUUGAUGACUGCAUCUCCUUGUCAACGUUGACUUGCUGUGCUCACAAAACACAAACCCUCCCCUUGGUGCUGCAGGUGGCUACGCUAUGGAUUAGCGACUUGACUGAGGGUUGGGCCAAGCCUUUAUUUAGAAGGGAUUGUUAGGCUUUCUUUGGUGGGACUUUUUAAGUUCAUGAGCUUGUAGACGCAGCCAUCUGGGGUGGGAACAUGGGCUAGUUUAUAAGGAGCCUUGACUUCCUAAUUAUUGAUUCAAGAGUUGACUACAAGUGUGAAGCCGUUUGUUGUGUUGAGGCAGUGGCCUCCGGAAACUGUGCCUUCUCAGUACUGUGUUGGUCUGAGAACUAGGACUUCACUGGAAGAUCAUUUGUCAUGGACGUUCUGCGCCCACAGCUUGUAACGUUCGAUGGACGGAAUUAUAGAAAGAAUCCCAUCCAGGAAAAACAAUACCAACAUGAAGAAGAUGAGGAUUUCUAUCCAGACUCCAUGGAAUACUCUGACGAGCCCUGCGGUGCCUAUGAGGUGGCGCAAACCCCUCACGGAUUCCGGGCCACCGUCAGUGCCCCUAGCCUGCUCUACAAGCACAUAGUUGGAAAGAGAGGGGAUACCAAGAAGAAAAUAGAAGUGGAGACUAAAACAUCUAUUAACAUUCCUAAACCUGGACAUGAAGGAGAAAUCGUGAUCACUGGUCAGCAUCGAAAUGGCGUAGUCUCAGCGCGAACGCGGAUCGAUGUUCUCCUGGACACAUUCAGAAGGAGGCAGCCUUUCACUCACUUCCUUUCCUUCUUCCUCAAUGAAGUUGAAGUUCAGGAACGAUUUCUGAAGUUCCAGGAGGAAGUGCUGAAGAAGUGCUCCAAGGAUCGUGGGGUUGAUAGCACCAUUUUUCAGAAUCCCAAAAAGCUUCACCUAACUAUUGGGAUGUUGGUACUUCUAAGCGAACAAGAGAUCCAGCAGACGUGUGAGAUCCUGCAGCGUUGUAAAGAGGAAUUCAUUAAUGACAUUUCUGGAGGCAAACCCCUGGAAGUAGAGAUGGCAGGGAUCGAAUACAUGAAUGACGAUCCUGCUAUGGUGGAUGUUCUUUAUGCCAAAGUCCACAUGAAGGAUGGCUCCAACAGGCUGCAAGAGCUGGUUGAUCGAGUGCUGGAGCGCUUUCAAUCUCUGGGACUCAUCGUAAAAGAGUGGACCAGUGUGAAACUGCACGCCACGGUCAUGAAUACACUGCUCAGGAAAGACCCCAAUGCUGAAGGCAGGUACAAUCUCUACACAGCAGAUGGCAAAUAUAUCUUCAAGGAAAGAGAAUCUUUUGAUGGCCGGAACAUUUUAAAGGAGCAGCGGAGAACCGUGACUGACUGCGGGCCAUCGGGAGCCAGGCAGCUUGGCGGCAGCAGGCCCUUUGGCCUUCCGUUGACCGUCAGAGGAGGGUGCUCCAGCCUGUGCUCCUCCCUCCUGGGUCUUAUCCUCCCCUUUAUCCCUAGCUUCUGUUCUUCAUUCCUUACCCCACACCCUCCUUUCUGUGAGUCUGCUCCUUAGCUCUGUGGUGUGAUCACAGUGCCUUGGAGAGUUGCUUCUCUGUGAGAUGGCACAGACAAAUAAAUGAGCUUCCCAGGUG